AUGACACUAGACUCAGCAGAGUGUCUGGAGCUGGCAGAAACAAUGGCACUAAAUCAUCCAGAACCUUCAGGACAGAGAAGAACCUGGCAAGAGAAAGCGAUCUGGAAAAAUGACAAUGAGCAGGCGCGGGUAUCUCUACUCCUUGAAUAUGAAGGGAGUCUGAGCAAUUUUUCCCGUUCUAAGAUCGGGUCAUCGGGUGGCCCAAUGGCUGUGAAUCUAUGUGCUAGGGGCUGA